AUGCUUGGAGUUAGCCAUAUUUGCAAGCGAUUCUUCUCCGGAAGUUCGCAAUACUGGGCCAAUAAGAUGAAGAUAGCUAUUAUCGGACAGUCCUUGUUCGGAGCGGAGACUUAUUCUCUGCUGAGGAGUAACGGACACAAAGUAGUGGGAGUGUUUACAGUGCCUGAUGUGGAAGGAAAAGCUGAUCCGUUAGCCUCGGCAGCUGAGAAAGACGGAGUUCCAGUUUUCAAAUUCAAAAGGUGGAGAUUAAAAGGCCAACCUAUACCCGAGGUUGUUGAAAAAUACAGUGCGGUCGGUGCAGAGUUGAACGUUUUGCCUUUCUGCAGUCAAUUCAUUCCAAUGAAUGUCAUAGAUCACCCAAAGCAUGGCUCGAUCAUAUAUCAUCCUUCCAUCCUACCAAGGCACAGAGGAGCAUCAGCUAUAAAUUGGACACUGAUGUCUGGAGACAAGAAAGCUGGUUUCACCAUUUUCUGGGCAGAUGAUGGACUUGAUACAGGUCCGAUUCUACUUCAACGAGAAUGCGACGUCAAAACAAACGACACAUUAGACGACGUUUACAAUAGAUUUCUGUACCCCGAAGGAAUAAAAGCCAUGUCCGAAGCAGUCCAACUCAUAGCAGAUGACAAAGCUCCGAGAAUCACUCAACCGGAAGAAGGGGCUACUUAUGAGGGAAUAAUGAGAAAAAGUAAUGCUCAAAUUAAAUUCGACCAAUCAGCAGUCGAUAUUCAUAACUUCAUCAGAGGAAAUGAUAAAGUACCGGGAGCAUGGGCGAUGGUGGAAGGGCAGAAAAUCACAUUCUAUGGUUCAACGCUCCACCGUAGCAAACUUCCUACUGGUCAAGACGUCAAAGUUGAGGGAAUGGAGCGACCCGCGAUCAUUCAUAAGAACGGAAUGAUAUUGUUCGGGAGUGACGGAAAGAAGGUCAAUGUGAAAAACCUUCAAUACGAAGAUGGUCAUAUGAGACCGGCGUCAAAGUUUGGCCACGACGACAUUUCCGAGACGCUUGCUCUUACUGGUGAAGAAGAGACCAUGGCAGCUACAGUUAAAGAUUCAUGGCAUGGCAUUUUAAACCGUGACAUUACUAAUGAUACUGAUUUCUUCAAGUGUGGUGCGGGAUCUAUGGAUGUUGUCAGGCUCGUAGAAGAUGUCCGACAGAAAACCGGGGUUGUUAUGAAGAAUGAAGACGUUUACAUGGCAACUACGUUCGGGGAGUUUGUUCAAAAGAUGGUUCGAGUCUUCAGAGGUCUAGAAGAAGAAGAAGCGUUAGAAGUUGAUUACGCAAUCGCCAAAGCUCACGGGAUGGAACUGAAGAUGCCUCAUCAGCUGUUCAUCCACAACCAGUUCUUGGAUUCCUCAGAUGGAGUUGAAUAUGACACUAUCAACCCUGCUGAUGAAUCAGUUAUCUGCAAAGUAUCGAAAGCUACUGUAGAAGAUGUUGAUGACGCAGUAGAAGCUGCUAAGGAGGCUUUCUAUAACGGACCUUGGUCUACGAUGAAUCCGAGGGAUAAAGGAACGCUAAUGUUUAGGCUGGCAGACUUGAUGGAGAAACACCAAGAAGAAUUGGCUGCCAUAGAAUCGCUAGACUCGGGUGCUGUAUAUACUCUGGCACUGAAAACACACGUUGGGAUGUCUAUACAGACGUUCAGAUAUUUUGCUGGCUGGUGUGAUAAGAUCCACGGCAAAACCAUUCCUAUCAACCACGCCCAUCCCAACAGGAAUCUCACAUAUACAAAGAGAGAACCAAUAGGAGUGUGUGCGAUUGUCAUACCAUGGAACUACCCUCUGAUGAUGUUGGCUUGGAAAAUGGCUUCUUGUCUGGCUGCAGGCAACACCAUGGUUCUCAAGCCGGCUCAAGUCACUCCUCUCACUGCAUUAAAGUUUGCAGAGCUCGUAGUCGAGGCAGGAUUUCCUCCUGGUGUCAUCAACAUAUUACCGGGAGCCGGGAGCAAUAUUGGACAAAGAAUGGCCGAUCAUCCUGAUAUCAGGAAACUUGGUUUCACUGGCUCAACUCCUAUCGGGAAACAGAUAAUGAAAAGUGCCGCCCUCAGUAACCUGAAAAAAGUUUCACUUGAACUUGGGGGGAAAUCCCCUCUGAUUAUUUUCAACGAUUGUGAUUUGGAUAAAGCUGUCAGAUCGGGCAUGAGUUCCGUUUUCUUCAACAAAGGUGAAAAUUGUAUCGCAGCGGGACGUUUGUUUGUUGAGGAGUCGAUUCACGAUGAAUUCAUUCGCAGAAUUAUCGAAGAGAUAAAGAAAAUGAAAAUCGGUGAUCCACUAGAUGCCAGCACAGAUCACGGACCUCAGAACCAUAAGGCUCACCUUCUCAAACUUGUAGAGUAUUGCGAUACAGGAGUGAAGGAGGGGGCUGAACUCGUCUACGGAGGGAAACGUUGUGAUCGACCCGGUCUGUUCAUGGAGCCGUCCGUUCUCAUCAAUGUUCACGACCAUAUGUACGUUGCGAAAGAGGAAUCGUUCGGUCCUGUCAUGGUUGUCUCAAAGUUUAAAGAUGGUGACAUCGAGGGCGUCCUAAAAAGUGCUAACGACUCUGAGUACGGUCUCGCAUCGGGCGUUUUCACCAACGAUAUUUCCAAAGCAAUGUACGUCAGCGAUAAACUUGAUGCGGGAACGGUCUUCAUCAACACUUAUAAUAAAACUGAUGUUGCGGCGCCCUUCGGUGGAUUCAAACAAUCUGGUUUUGGAAAAGAUUUGGGUGAAGAGGCUCUCAAUGAAUAUUUGAAGACCAAAGCUGUCACUGUUGAAUAUUAGCAGACAUUCAGCCAUUUUUAGUCCAAUUCCAACUACCUUUGAAACCGUUAAUCAUAAAAGUUGAGCAAUAUUUUCCAACUUUGCUGGACUCUGUAGAGACUUGUAGUGGAGACUAUAUAAAGAAGAGAGUGUAGCCGCCAUUUUGAGUCUAUUUUUUCUACUUCAAUUAACUCUGCGGCCAUUUAUAGUCCAUUUCGUCUUCCGGUUUUGACCACCCAAUGCAGAGCAGGGGUUUUCAACCUUUAUUUUUUCGUGGACUCUUUGAAAGAUUCCUAACAUAAAAUUUAUUUUCCAUUGUCUAUCCCAGCGGGCUGUUGUAAGUCAGUGGUCUUCAAACUUUUCAAGACGAGACCCCAUUUCAAAAAAUUAUUACGUAUAAGCACUCGCAACCCCAAGGUAUAUAUGUACACUACAGACAAGAAAACAACAUCUAAUAAAUUGGAAAAAGUAUUAAAAAAACAAAAAUCGAAUCCCAUAUUCAAUCAGUAAGAAGAAUGCUACACCCACAAUAGAAUAUUAACAUUUGAAGACAACACCGGACACGUGGUGACCCCACUUGGGGUCGUGACCCUCGCUUUGGUGACCACUGCUGUAAGUGAUAUA